AUUGGAACCAACCCUAAGCUCCUUUUAUCUCCGCUCUCAAGGUAGCCCCGAUUAUUGCUGACUUAAGCAUCGGAGUGUCUACCCUAAGGACCCACCUCGGGGCUUUGCAGGUCAAUCCGGAGUGCAGAUACGGACUGAAGAAGGACUUCUGGUUUGGUGCAAUUACAUUUGGCGCCGUUUGUGGGAAUCCGAACUGAAAGCUCCCUUGUUGCUCUUAUCAUGGUUAAUACUCGAUCAAUCCGAGCUAGAAACUCAUCUCAGCCUCUUGGACGAGCCCCACAACAAAACCCUAAACCAAUUCAGCAUGUUCCUGCUCUUAGUGAAUCUCAAGGCCAAUCUCACAUUGCACCAGCUCAGCAACCCCUCCCUGAUGAUGUUACUCGAUGUCUAGACAGCCUAGAAAAGCUAGUAGUUGAGCAGAGGGGUGCCCCACCUCCACGUCAUGCUGCAGACUCCAUACCUCACCCUCUGAACACCACCAUCACAUUAGAACCCUACCCUGCUGGCUUUAGAAUAACUCAACUUGAGACUUAUGAUGGGACGAAGGAUCCUGAUGAUCACCUGCAUGCUUUCUACUCUUGCAUGCAAACCCAGAAUGCCUCUGAUGCAUUGAUUAGAAGGUUGAUCAGGAAAACCACUUCUGAGCUGAUGCGAGUUAGACAAAGGGACGGAGAGUCUUUGAAGAAUUUUAUGAGCAGAUUCAAUGAUGCAAAACCAGCCCCCUCUAAGAACCAAAACCCAGAUUGGAGAGAUGAGAAUCCAAGCAAGAAACGGAUGAAGAUAGCACAGAACCGAGGUCCGAUGUCGACCUCAGCACCGAGAUUCGAAAGGCCGAACUCCACACCACCACAACAGUUUGAAGGUAAACCUUCAGUUAAUUGGACUCCUUUUAAUUUGCCGUGGUCACCAAUUUUCAUACAGAUCAAGAAUAAGAUGGAUUUAAAGCGUCCUGGCCCAAUGAGAACUGCUGUUGCUAACCGAGAUCAUACUAGAUAUUGUGAUUUUCAUCAAGAUCACGGUCAUACAACAGAGCAAUGCAACAGCUUGAAAUCCAAGCUGGAAAGUCUUGCCCAUAAGGGACUGUUGAAUAAGUACAUUCAGAGAGCUGAACAGCCAAGGUUUGUCAGAGAACAAAGGCCACAGCCUCAAGGAGUCCGAGGCCUGGAAGCAGGUGGACUGAGCUCUAAACAGCGAAAGUUAUAUGUCAGAGAGGUUAAGCAUCAAAACCGAGCUCAGAAAUGGAAGUUUGACGAUGUUGAGUGGAAGAAUCAACCCAUUACUUUCACAUCUGCUGAUCUCGAUAUAGUCGUCACACCUCACAAUGACCCUCUAGUCACUUCUGUCAUGAUUAACAAUUGUGAGGUGCAGCAUGUCCUUGUUGAUACAAGGAGUGCACCAGACAUCAUGUACUUCCAUUGUUUUGAGAGUCUUGGGUUAGAUCCAGCUUUGUUGCAGCGGUAUGAUGGUCCCAUCUAUGGAUUCAACAACCACCCAGUUCCAGUUGAAGGAGUCCUAACCAUGAAUGUUGCAUUUGGAAGUGGCCGAAAUUAUGUGACCCCUUCAGUUAGGUUUCGAGUAGUCAAGAUGGCGUCCUCCUUCAACGUUGUCAUGUGAUGAAAGCAUGAAAAUGUAUAUCUAAAGUGUGCUUAACCAUGGAAAUUUGUGGAAUUAUGAGUUUAAGAGUUAUAUUUUUCUACAAAUAAUUUCAUAAUUGUUCACUCUAUUCAUGUUGUGCAAAAUUUUGGUGAUUAAAGGUUUGAUGACUAAAUGGAGAUAAUUAGAAGAAAAAGGACUUAAAUGCAAAGAGCUGAAAAGAUGAGGAUCUAAGGAUAAAUCAGAAGUUUAAAG